AUGGCCGACCCGGUGCUCCUUUCCGCACCGGAGGCCCCACUCCCAUGCGACAUCCCCCUCCUCCCCUUCCAGCUCGCUCUCCUCGAUGAUCUGGUCCAGGAGGAUGGAGUGGCUGUCCUGGCCUCCGGGCUGGGGCUGGCGCAGAUCGCCGCGGCACUUAUCCGGCUGCAGCACGCUCGCCGCGCCACUGACCCCACCCAGACAGGGGCCCUGCUCGUCCUGGGCGCCACCCAGUGGCAGCGGGAGGGCAUCCGGCACGAGGUGGCGCGCCAGGAGUGUGAAGUCGCGGCUGGCGUCGCCGCCGGCGCCGUCCCCUCGCCCACGGUCCCCGAGAUCACGGCGCAGGUGCCCGCCGCCGAGCGCGGCGUGCUGUACGCCGCCGCGCCAUGCCUCUUUGUCACCACCCGCAUCCUGGUGGUGGACUUCCUGGGCGGGCGGCUGGCGGGCCGGGACCUGGCGGGCCUGCUGAUCCUCAACGCCCACCGCGUCAGCGACGCCUGCGGCGAGGCCUUCGCCGCGCGGCUCUUCCGCGCCACCAACCGCGCCGGCAGCGUGCGCGGGUUGACCGACGCGGCGCCGGCCCUGGCCGCCGACUUCAACCGCGCGGAGAAGGUGCUCAAGGCCCUCUUUGUGCGCCGCGUCCACCUCUGGCCCAGGUUCCAGUCCCAGGUCAGGGCAGACCUGGAGACGGCGCCGCCAGAGGUGACAGAGGUGUCCCAGGGACUGACGGUGGGCAUGGCGGCCAUGUAUGAUGCCCUGGCCCAGCUGAUGGAUGCCUGCGUCAAGGAGGUUCGCAAGUCCAACAAGAUCGAUGCCACCGACCUGACCCUGGAGCAGGGCCUGUUCCGGUCCUUUGACGACAUCAUUCGGCGCCAGCUCAACCCCAUCUGGCACACUGUGGGGCCUCGCACCAAGCAGAUCGUGGCUGAUCUCCGCACGCUCCGCACCCUGGCCACGUACCUCCUACGCUUCGACGCCGUCACCUUCUUCUCCUACCUGGAGACCUUGAGGGCGACGGAGGGGACCAACUCCGUGUGGCUCUUCCAUUCAGCGGCGCACACAAUCUUCGAGGUGGCAAAGUCGCGCGUCUACAGCGUGGCGCGGGGCCUGACUCCCGCCAAGCGCGGUUCGGAUGCCGGCCAGGCCCCGGGCUCUCGGCCGGCCACCGUCACCGUGACCCCGGUGCUUGAGCCACAACCCAAGUGGGCCCUGCUCCUGGAUCUCCUGCUGGAGGCGGCACAGGAGGGGGCGGCGGAAGGCGGGGAAGUGGGAAGGGAAGAUGCGGCCGGGACUGGCAACACGUCGAGCCUGGACGGCGCAGCGGGCCCCACCGUCUUGGUGGCCUGCCAGGACGCCUUCACCGCGUCACAGCUGCGGGAGGUGCUGACGCGGGGUGCCGACGCGCACAUGCAGCACAUGUGGCGGGAGUAUCUGGCGCAGAGGGCGGCCUCCGGCCGCCCGGCCCAGGACCAGCAUGGCGGCCGCCCCGACCCGGGGUCGAACAUGGGCUCGGCGCGCAUGAUGGGCGGCAUGCCCGCCGGCGAGGCUGCCGCGCUGGCGGCGGCGGCCAAGCACGGGGCGGGCGUCGACCCGGCCGCCACAGGCCAGAAUCCGUCGAAACGGCGAGGCAAGGGGGAGCUCGAGAGGAGGGGCGCCCGCGCCCCCGAGAACCUGGCCCGCAGCCUGGCGGUGCGAGUGACGCGGGGGUCGUUUGAUGUGGCGGAGGCCGGACCCGAGAGCCUGGAGGCGGCUGGCGGCGACGAGGAUGAGGACGCCGUCCCACCAGGGACUGAGAGCGAGCGCCAGCCGCGCGCGUCAGGGGAGGGCGUGGUCUCAGGCGCGGCGCUGGCCGACCUGCCCGGCUUCCCGCCGGGCGCGCGGGGCAGGGUGGAUUUCCUGGUCUUGGAGGAGCACGACGAGCGCCUGGUCUGGGAGCGCGCGCCCGGCAGCGUCAUCAUGUAUGACCCGGACGUCGUGCUGACGCGGCAGCUGGAGCUGUACAACGCCAUGCAGACGAGGGCCGGGGCGCCGCCGCUGCACGUCUUCGUGUUGCGCUACGAGGAGAGCGUGGAGAUGGACCGCUUUCAGGCCGGCCUGGAGCGAGAGCGCCGCGCCUUUGAGUCCCUGAUCCGGUCCAAGGAGGUGGGCGACUACGUGCUCAGCGCCUCCUGCUGCGUGGAGCGCAAGGCCAUCCCCGACCUCCGCGCCUCGCUCGCCUCCGGCCGCCUCUUUGCGCAGGCGGAGGCCAUGGCGCGGCACUACGCCACCCCCGUCCUGCUGAUUGAGUUUGAGGGCGACCGCGCCUUUGCCCUGCAGGCCGCGGGGGAGGUCGGGGACGAGCCGCGCCUGCACAGCCUCAUGGCGCGCUUGGUGCUGCUCACGCUGCACCACCCGCGCCUGCGCCUGGUCUGGUCGCGCUCCCUGCAUGCCACCGCCGCGACCUUUGCCGCGCUGAAGGCCAACCAGGAGGAGCCAGACCCGGUGGCCGCCGCCACGGCAGGCGUGCCCUUGGAGGCGGGGGAGGGCGCCAUGGCUGAUCGAGAGACCCUGGUCAACCGCCCGGCCAUGGACGUCCUCCGCAGGCUGCCAGGCGUGACGGAGGGGAACCUGAGGCCGCUGAUGCGGGCAGGAGGGAGUCUGGCGGGGCUGGCCAAGCUGAGCGAGGCCGAGCUGGCGGAGGCCAUGGGGGGCGCUGUGGCUGCCCGGAAGCUCAAGUCCUUCCUUGCUCAGGACUGCAGGGCACUCUUCCGCAUGCUGUGA